AUGGACGGUGAUCCACAAUUGGCGCGAUUUCUUCAGCAGCUCCAAUCUGAAACACAGAGACAGAAGUUCACGGAACAGGUGCAUACGUUAACUGGUCGGUGCUGGGAUAUAUGUUUUGCGGAUUAUCGUCCACCAAGCAAGCUCGAUGGAAAGACUUCUACAUGUCUUCAGGUUUACACUUUGUUAGAAAAAUGUUGCGAGCUUUAA